CAGCAAUCUGGGCGUCUGUACUAUUGGAACAGCGCGACUGAGCAGUCGCAAUGGGAAAGACCAGUGAUAGUCGUGUCCUCACCGCCGCCUGGUGUUCCACCCAGCCUGAACAUGGCUGGUGGACCAGUGGAGCCGAAAUCUAGUACAGCAACUGCUGUCCCUGUCCCAGGACUGACAAUUAUUAAGCCAAGUAGUAGCUCUAGUAGCAGUACAAGAACACAGCAACAACCACAAAAUCAAGAACCUGGAGACGGGGCCGCCACGCCUGGCGCAGCUGUGUCGUCACCAGCGAAGCGAUCUUUCGCACCUUCUUCGAAAGAGGAGGCUGCGUCGAUUAAGGAACAAGAAGAAAACCAAGAAAAAAUACUAAGCUUACAUCGGUCUUAUCCUGCGCCCCCUGCGGCACCGCCAGUGAGCGAGAAGACGCGAAAGUCCUUGGCCUCAUUCGGACUUGCUGACUGGCAGAUGGCUUUUGCGGAAAUAUUGAUGAUGAAUAAAGACAGCGGUGUCGACAAGCGCGUCUUGGCUGGUAAGAAGCGUGUUCAAAAGUACCUCCACGACAACUACCAAAGUCAUGGCGACAAAAUGACCAAAUGCCGCGAGGCUGAUCCCGAACAAUAUGUCAUAGUUGCUCUGCGGCACUCACUGCUGGUAUAUCAGAUACUGGUGAAUUACAAUUACCAUUACCACUUGGUCCGCUUCACUAGUUUAUCCUCGUCCAUUUCAUUUUAUACAUAGAAGCAUUGAAUUUUGAUUUUACAAAGUCAUCUUCGUUUAGGCAACCUGUAUGUUGAACAAACCCCGCAAUAAGCAAAGUCCUAACCUUGAAGUAAAAAGUACUCCGUUUAUUUUGAAAUGAAACCAGAUGUAUAAGAACAUUUGCGGGUCUCGAACCAACCAGUUUGGAUAUCGUACGGAGCUGCGAAUGUCAGAGGAAGAGCGGCAGCGCCAGAAGCAGG